CCGGGGCUGCGGGGCUGCGGGGCAGUGGCCGGCCGGCAGCAGCUGGGUGGGAGCGGGUCCUGCUCGGCUCACUCGCUGGGCCCGGUCCGCGGCGUGGCGGCAGCGGGGACGGCGGGCAGGCUGCGGGCGGCCGCCGGAGCGCGCAGGCGGCGCUGGGCCAGCUCGGGCCCGGCCUGGCCAUGGCGGCGGGGCGGGAGUGGGAGCGGGCCGCCCGCCUCCUGCGGCAGCUGCAGCGGGCUGCAUGUCGGUGCCCAAGCCAUUGCCAGACUUACUCCCAAGUCUCUGAACAGCCUACCCUGGGAAAUACAGACUAUGCAUUUGAGAUGGCCAUUUCAAACAUCCGAUAUGGAGAAGGAGUUACCAAAGAGAUUGGCAUGGACCUGCAGAAUCUUGGUGCUAGAAGAGUUUGUUUGAUGACAGAUAAAAACCUCUCCCAACUCCCUCCUGUAAAGGCAGUAUUGAAUUCCUUGGCAAAAUAUGGUAUAAACUUUCAGAUGUAUGAUAAUGUCCGGGUGGAACCAACAGACCAAAGUUUCCUGGACGCCGUUCAAUUUGCUAAAAAGGGACAGUUUGAUGCCUAUGUUGCUGUUGGAGGUGGGUCUGUCAUAGACACCUGUAAAGCUGCCAAUCUGUAUGCAUCUAGCCCUACAUCAGCCUUCUUGGAUUAUGUCAAUGCUCCUAUUGGGAAAGGGAAGCCUGUCACUGUGCCUCUCAAGCCACUUAUUGCAGUUCCUACGACAGCUGGAACUGGAAGUGAAACCACAGGUGUUGCCAUUUUUGACUUCAAAGAACUUAAAGUAAAAACUGGUAUUGCUUCAAGAGCCAUUAAGCCAACAUUAGGCAUCAUUGAUCCCUUACACACACUGUCUAUGCCUGAGCGAAUAGUGGCCAACAGUGGCUUUGAUGUGCUUUGCCAUGCUCUAGAGUCAUACACUGCUCUUCCUUACAACCUGCGCAGCCCCUGCCCUUCAAAUCCCAUCAACCGCCCAGCUUACCAAGGCAGCAACCCCAUCAGUGAUGUCUGGGCUCUCCAUGCUCUGCGCAUUGUGGCUAAAUACUUGAAAAGAGCCAUCAGAAAUCCUGAAGACCGUGAAGCAAGAGCCAACAUGCACCUCGCAAGUGCUUUUGCUGGCAUUGGCUUUGGCAACGCUGGUGUUCAUCUCUGCCAUGGAAUGUCUUACCCUAUUUCUGGUUUGGUGAAAACUUAUAAACCGAAGGAUUAUAAUGUGGAUCACUCUCUAGUGCCACAUGGCCUUUCAGUGGUGCUGACAUCCCCAGCAGUGUUUGCUUUCACAGCGCAGAUAAAUCCUGAGCGGCACUUGGAAGCUGCAGAGAUACUAGGAGCUGACAUCCGCACUGCCAGAAUCAAAGAUGCGGGGUUGAUUUUGGCAGACACGCUCCGGAAAUUCCUAUUUGAUCUGAAUGUUGAUGAUGGCUUAGCUGCAAUUGGUUAUUCUAAAGCAGACAUCCCUGCAUUAGUCAAAGGCACUCUGCCUCAGGAGAGAGUGACUAAACUAUCACCACGUCCCCAGACAGAAGAAGACUUAUCUGCCCUCUUUGAGGCUUCCAUGAAGCUUUAUUAGCUUAAACAUUUGUUUUUCCAAGAAGGUGUGCUCUGUUCUAACACAAAGCUAAUUUCUUAUAGAUACAGGGCUGAAUUUGCUUAGAGAAUGGAAGAACUUGUGUCUUUGACUUCUGUUCCAUUGUACACUGCCAAAAGGUCGAGUAAUUCAUCUUUAACUAAAUAACUGCUCUGAAGUGAAGGCUUGGCUGUGGGGUUUUUUUCCUUGCUCAGUAGUAUUAACUUGCAUAAAAGUUGGAGCAGGCUUCUUGCUUUAUUGAAGGCUUUUUUUGUUCUUCAGAGGUGGUCAAAAGUGGAAAAAUGUUUAAGGGAUAUUCCAAGAUAUUUGACAAGUUAUGUUUUUUAUUAAAAUUGUCUGUGAUUUUGUUUUUAAAAAAUCAUGCUAUUUAAGAAAUAGUUGAGGGAGUUUUUAAUUAGGGGAGUUACCUUGCAGAAAAUGUCAGCUUGCUGUAUUCUGGUCCAAUUGAUCAUCUUUUUAUAUCUGUCUUCACUAGGAAGGCUGUUGAACUGGGUUAUUUUUUGUUGCUUGGUUAAGAAAAAACCUGCACACUUCAUACAUGUUUGGAAAAGGCUCUCUGAAAGUUUGCUUUGGGUUAAAAUUUUUACAAAAUCAGAGUAAAGCAUGGUCAUAUUCUCAAAAGGACCCCCCUAACAGCAGGAUGUCAUCCAUCAUGGUCAUUUUGUCUCUGUGGAAGCAACAUCUCCCUUUGCCUCUGUGUUCUGUGGAAAGCAGCUAUCAACUGUAUCCUGCUUCUCUGUGAAGCAGUUGCUUCUGCUGAGCUCCUGCAGCUGCUGUCACUAGGAGCACAGGUACCAGCUGAAGGAAGUGGUGGUUCAAUAUUUAAAAGUGGUGGUGAAGCAAAUGGUUGCACAGUGUCCCACGGGGAGCACUGGUUAAACGUGGGAAUGAGCAUGCACAUUCAGAGCAGCUAACCAGCUGGUUGACUGUCAACUGAGAAAGGGAAGUGGGAAAGGGAGAAAUGAAACUAAAAUUUUACUACUAUUUUUCUUUUUUUAAAAGUGCACGUGGUUGUGUGUACAGUUCAUUUAAAUGGGGCUCUGUGUCAUGUUGGACCUUUCCAUCGUCUGAUUCAUGCAGCUACCGCAGCACAAGACAAAUACAAGAAGAACCCUAUAACCUCUGUAACCUAAACCUCUGUUGUACUUAGUUCUUUAUUGGAAGGGAGCACUCUUCUGCCACCCUGUUCAACAAGAAGGCUGUAUACUUAACACCUUUGCAUUCCUGUGUUUGUCUGAUAAAGCUAGUGCUGUCCUCAGUCUGACAGAUGUGCACUGGAUAUUGACAUUAGAUAUGUUUUAAUGCUCAGUUGAAAUAGAUGGAUGAAUACUGGUUGAACACGGGAGAUUUUUAACCACAGAAUGGGUUUAGUGGCCAUAGGGACUAUACUGCCAGUGUGCCUCGGCCUGUGCUGGGACACAUAUUUGAUUUCUAUGUCCUGAAUCUUGUCCUCUCCUGAAACCACCCACAAGAACCUCUGUCACAAAGUCUGAUGUUGUAAUAAGUCAAAGGAUUCACUUUAUUGUGCAAAGCUGCCAUAGUAAAGAAAGCUUGUUUGUCAAA